GAGAGGAGAGGGCCGCGCGGACCGAGCCGGUGAGGGUGGCUGGGGAGAGGCUGGCCGCCUUCCAGAGGGGAUCUCAAACUCGCUCGACCAUUAUUUCAUCUAUUUAUUAAUCCGCUCCGCCUUUCCUUCAGGAGGUCACACAUAGCACUCCUCCCUCCCAUUUCCCCCCUCAACAACAACCCUGCAGGGAUGGCUCACACAAUAAAAAUAUUUCCAUGCUGCUUUGGAUGAUUCUCCCAGGAAAGCAGGUGACACUGUUUUGAACUGCAAUCCUAAUUCCUUGGAUCUGGACUCCAGGAUACAGCUCCCUCGUCCAGUGAUGAGAGAAAGAAAGGCGAGAUCAGCAUGAUUCCUCAGCGGGUGUGCCGUCACUUUUCUGCAGCAUUUACCCAAAGAGGUUCUGCCUGUCCUUGGCUUUGUUCCGUACACAGUUUAAGAGCCGUUCCUGGAAAAAAACUGAUAUGGCCCCAAAGCCCACAAUCCACAGGUUUUCUGGACCGGAGGCUUAUUACCACAUCCCUGGCCGUCUACAAGUUGCACAACCGAGAUUUGAAAGAGAUGGGCAGCUCGUCAGAAGUGCUUCCUAAAGAAGAGGAGGAAGAGGAGAAAUUUGAUGCUGAUGAAAACUUUGGGCUGUUGACUCAGAAAUAUUCUUCCAGGCGCUUUUUUCGUGCAACUUCGGCUGAUUUUCACAACUUACAGCUUCAAACUGAAGAUGAGGAUGAGGAGGAGCCAGAAAUAAAACCGAGACAAGGUCGAAGGAAUACCCCGUACUGGUAUUUUUUGCAGUGCAAGGCAUUGAUAAAGGAAAAUAAGCUGGCAGAGGCCCUAGAUCUGUUUGAGGUACAAAUGCUGAAGGAAAAACGUCUCUGGCCAGAGGAGCGCAACUACACCGUGCUGAUUGGUGGAUGCGGCAGGGUUGGCUACCUGAAGAAGGCCUUCAGGCUUUACAAUGAUAUGAAAAAGCGAGACCUGACACCAACCCUUGCCACAUACACAGCCCUGUUCAAUGCCUGCGCGGAGUCACCCUGGAGAGACAGCGGUCUGCAGAGUGCACUUAAGUUACGACAGCAACUGAUACAAAAAGGCGUGGAGUUGAAUCCAAUUGCAUACCGCGCUUUGUUGAAAGUCUGUGCUCUGUGUUCAGAUCUCCACAUGUGCUUUGAUGUACUAAAGGAAAUGGUGGGAAAGGGCCAUCAAAUCACCACGGAUACUUUCAACGUUCUGCUCAUGGGAUGCAUAAACGACAAGGAGAACGGGUUCCGUUACGCUUUGCAGGUUUGGCAGCAGAUGGCAAAGCUGAACCUAAAACCCGAUCAGUACACUUACAAUUUGAUGCUUACGGCUGCCAAAUACUGCGGCCUUGGUGACCCCGGUGUGGCUUCUAAACUGUUACUAGGACCCUCAGAGGAACGCCCAACGAUCCUGAGGCUGAAUUCUGGCAGGGAGCAAGGAACGAAGGAUCGGAGAAGAAAAAGAGGUAAUGUUCCGGCUUUAGUGUCGUUGAAUGUCGAAGCCCUGGAAAAACGUAUGUUCCCAGAAAACGACACAAAAACUGAGAAACAUGAUGGAAACAGGGAUAGUACCAAGGACUGUACAAAGCCAAAGACAAGCGAUAGCUCUGAUCUAUCAGGCUGCGUUACGGACAGGAGUUUGGUGAUCUCUGAUCAGAACCAGUUGGUUCCGGAGUCAGCAGAAGAAAACUCUUUCUCGGAGCCUACCUUUCCGUUCCCCAACUUGCUGGAUCUGCAGAGCCCAGGUCCCAACGUGAUUUCAUUAGGGACUGUGGCAACACCCGCUGAUCGACUAGCUCUGAUGGGAAACAUGGAAGGUUUCUUAAAGAAAAUGAAGGAUGACAAGGUGGCAGGAAAUAUUAGGACGUUCAUAUUGCUAGCUGAAAAUGUAGAGCCCGACAGCCCGUCGGAAGCGUCUUUGUUGACUGUCAUGGAGGAAAAUAGCGUGAAACCAAACGUAGCUUUUUUCAAUACCUUGAUCAGAAAAAAGAGCAAGAGGACUGAUCUGGAGGGGGCAAAGGGCUGGUUGCCUUUAAUGUUGAAGAAAGGAGUUUCACCAGAUCUGUAUACAUUUUGUAACUUAGCCAUUGCCUGCCGCAGAAAGGAAGAUGGAACGCAGUUGCUGUCAGACAUGAAGCGAUCUGGCAUAAAACCCAAUGUGCAGAUCUACGGCGCACUUAUAAACGCAGCCGUGAAGAGACUCCAUUACACUUACCUCAUAGAGAUCCUAAAAGACAUGAGCAGGAAUCAGGUUGCUCCAAAUGAAAUUAUUAUUAACCAGCUGGAGUUUGCAGCCCAGUAUCCUCCUAAUUUUGAUAAGUACCAGAAAAGGGACCGUUAUCUAGAGAAAAUUGAUGGCUUCCGAGCUUUCUAUUUCCGCUGGCUUAAAUGGAUGCCAGGAGAAGAAACACCACAUCCUUGGGCAAAUUACAGAAACAAGAAGUUGGCACAAAGCAAAGAUAGCACAGGGCUGGAACAAGACCACGAUAGCCAGGAGAAAAAAUAAAAGAGUUAUUGUUGACAGUUCAUAAUGAUGAUCAGUUGUGAUACUGGCACAUUUUUUAAACUGCUAAUUCUAUGGACAUCUGUUCACCUCAAGCUCAAAUAGACCCCUAGGUGUAUAUACAAUUGCAGCCCAAACUUAUCUGGAACAAAAACAAGAUCUAGCAGUAUACUUAGCAAUAUACUGUCCUAAUAAAUUAUGCUUUUCUAUUCUUGUUACAGAUCUAGCAUCAUGUUCCCACUCCAAAGGAAAUUUAAGUUUAUUCUUGUUUUAUAGUGAUUGAGCAGAUCCCUCAUCUCUUUCUAAAGCCAUUUCUAUGACACGUAACUAUUAAAUGUUAUAACUCUUCAAAGGAAAAUAUUUAGAACCCAAAAUUGUGAAGCAGUACAGGUACCACGGAACAACAUUUGCUGCCGUGUUUUCCUUGAAUAUCGACAGAGAAGACUGAACGGACCACAUAAACUUCACUGUGUGGUAUAUACCACAGGUAAAUGUUUGGAAAUUAAAUAAAGUUUGGGUUCAGUAAAGAUUCCCAAAGUAAAGGGUAUUUUCUAUCCUCUCACUAUCCAGCAGUAGUCAUACAAAUGUUCAUGGAACUUCAAAGUGACCGUUAGUUUUUUAAGAUGGCAUACAAUACUUUUCAACUCCCUGAUUUCUGUAUUUGAAAUGGGAGUUGUUGAGUCCCAUGAAUCC